AACAAGCUCGUCAAACACUCAGAAGAUGCAAGCAUAACUUUGAUCAUAACAUCCUGAAUUCCUCACAUCACGUUCAAACCAAAUGCUUGCAGGAGUAUUCUUCGCUUAUCCGCAGUCUCUUUAGCAAAUGAUAUAUCAACGAGACUCUUUUAAGGCACAGACGUUCAAUCAAUAACUGAGCAUUCAAGGGCUAUAAGCUCGCACAGGUUGGACAACGACGGUGAAGUUUCGUGAUUGCAUAAUGCACACCUGAAGCUGUCGAGCCAUAAAUGGAACAGCCUAUUCAUAACUCUACACGGCAAAGGCUGAAAUAUGGUGGAAAGCAUCCCAUCUACUCGUUCAUAAUCAAUAAUCCAUGGGAUGAUUUCAUUCAAAUGAGAGCAUGCAUGAUGACCACUGAAAUACUUCGGUGAGGCAAAAGCAAUCGCCAUUGGUAAAGCAGCGGAUCAAAUGCGCAAGCUAUGUGUUCUUCUCUUAUCCUAGUUCUAACCAAGCGAAAGAAAAUUUACCUGCAGAGAGCUUUCAUCUCGUCUUUCCAUCCACACUCGAUCAGCCUCUCCCUCAGAAGGUCCAUCAACCGCUCUUUCUCUCCACUCUCGACCAACUUAACGUUGAUUACUUCCUGAAGCGAAGGCUCCUUCUCUUCCUGCUCCUCCACCGGGUCUGGCGUCGGAGGUCGAUUCACCGACUUCCUCCUAUUUCACAGCAGAAGAAGGCAAUUCAGGGAAGAACAGUCGGAGGAUUUCUGAAGCUCUUGACGACGAUGAUGAUGAGGAAAGACGAAAGUGGGGGCCAGAGAAAACGGAUUGAGAAGAAGAAAUUGAGUCCGUACGACGCCGAAGGAGGAGCAGGAGAACUCUGCAGAAGAGCUCCGGCUAGAAGAAUAGAGAAGACGAGGUUUCCCCACUACAGGUGCCGAAACCUGAUUGGUCCUCUGGCGCGGGUCUGCCAAUUCAGGGUGUAGGUGCAAGUGAUUUUCCCACGGCGUUUGAGGGAUGCUAACUCAGUAACUAUUAACUAACCAGUAACCUCCAAACUCCAAAUUAGUUUCUUUGUAAAAAAUAAAAAAAAAAGUCGUACAGCUCUGCUUUGCUGUCUAACCCUUCCAUAAUUAUAUUCUCUUCCUCUUUCCCUUUUUGUCUUUCUUCGUCUCACAUUUCUUCUCCGUCACUCGAAUUAUUUCCCGUUCGUCGUCAUCUACCCUUCAUCCGGUACCAUUUCUCUGCUUCCUUCAUUAUUGCAUCGCUGUAUCUUUUCUUCCCCCCUUUGCAACCAAAGCAAAGCGAGUAGCCUUUAGAAUUUAGAUGUCCGAUUUCUUCUCUCUUUAGUUUCCUUUCAGUUUUAUUAAAACAAUAAAGAAAAAGAUAAAUCAGACGCGGAUUAGCAUCGCAGCUCCACCAUUCUCUCUCGCCCGUUCUCUCUCUCUCUCUCUUCGAACGGCGGCGGCCGCUCUCUGUGUACGGUUUCUGUUAUGGCGUGGUAGUGACUGUUGUUGGCCUGGAACGGAGCACCGACGGUAGCAGACGGACGAAUCUCGGUUUGAGUCCCGUUUGGUUUUGAUUUCUUCUUCGUCAGUUGAGUUCUGGUUUCGAUUUGGAGAAUUCGUAAAGCCGGGGAACGAGUAAAAAGAGAUCGCCCGGGGUGAAGGCGGAAGAAGAAAGAAGAUGAAUCUGAGGAACGUGGUGAUAGGGAUGCUCUUCAUCACUGUGAUUGCUCCCAUUGCUCUUUACACCGACAGAUUCGCCGCCUUCGCUCCCUCUUCCUCUCGAAUCGAUUUCUUUGAAGACGUCACUUCCUUCACUGUUCCUGCUGAUUCCCGCCGUCUCAACGUGUUGCCUCAGGAAUCGUCCACUGUCUUCAAGGAGCCGAUUGGGGUUGUUUACACCACCAACUCCACCCAAGAAGAGGUGGUGGCGUCUUCUGAUGAUGGGAUUAUUCAAGAUUCAAUUGCAGCAGCAGCAGAUUCGCAAUCUCAAGCUGUGAGAGAGCACAAAUCUAGAGUUUUGUCGGCGACUGAGGAACGAGUGCAAUCUCAAACGGAUGCUGUCAUCAGACGGGUCACUGAUAGUGUCAGUGCUCAGCAGGAAUCGAGGAGUGAUGGCACGGAUGCUGCCUCCAACUCCAUGGACCCAAAAUCCUUGGCUUCCAACGUUGUUACCCAACUUGCAUCUCAAGAUCCGUUUGAGCGAAAACCAGGUGCGAAGCCCUACAAAGCUAGUGGAAAGGAUCACCCGAAAGCUAAAGUGGGUAAACAGACAGAUCAAAAUGCUAUGUCAGAUAUUCGAGUACGUCAACUAAGAGACCAGCUGAUUAGGGCAAAGGUAUACCUGUCACUUCCUGCAACAAAGAAUAAUCAACACUAUACGAGAGAGCUCAGAUUGCGGAUCAAGGAAGUUGCACGUGUCCUUGGCGAAGCAACUAGAGACUCAGAGCUGCCCAAGAAUGCCAAUGAGAAGUUGAGGGCAAUGGAACAGUCCCUAACAAAAGGCAAGCAGAUACAAGAUGACUGUGCUAUGUGGGUGAAAAAGCUUCGUGCUAUGCUGCAUUCCACGGAGGAGCAGCUCCGUGUGCAUAAAAAGCAGACCAUGUUCUUGACUCAAUUAACUGCCAAAACCCUCCCCAAGGGUCUUCACUGUCUUCCUUUGCGCCUGACAACCGAGUAUUAUUUGUUGAAUACUUCUCAGCAACAGUUUCCAAAUCCGGAGAAAUUGGAAGAUCCUCUGCUAUAUCAUUAUGCUUUAUUCUCAGAUAAUGUUUUAGCAGCUGCAGUUGUGCUGAACUCUACUAUUACACAUGCUAAGGUGAAAUAUAGUUUGGAGCCUUCAAAGCAUGUUUUCCACAUUGUUACGGAUAGGCUCAAUUAUGCAGCAAUGAGGAUGUGGUUUCUAGUGAAUCCACCCGGCAAGGCAACUGUUCAAGUUCAGAAUAUCGAGGAGUUCACAUGGUUAAAUGCAAGUUACAGUCCUGUUCUGAAGCAGUUGGGAUCUCCAUCUAUGAUAGAUUACUACUUUAGGUCACAUCGUACUAGUUCGGAUUCAAAUUUGAAGUAUCGGAAUCCAAAGUACUUGUCCAUUUUGAACCAUCUCCGGUUUUACCUGCCAGAGAUAUUCCCAAAGUUAAACAAGGUGCUGUUUGUUGAUGAUGAUAUAGUAGUACAGAAGGAUCUCGCUGCCCUUUGGUUCCUUGAUUUGAAAGGUAAUGUGAAUGGUGCAGUGGAGACUUGUGGAGAGAGCUUCCAUCGUUUUGAUCGGUAUCUCAACUUCUCCAAUCCUCUGAUCUCUAAGACUUUUGAUCCGCAUGCCUGUGGAUGGGCAUACGGGAUGAAUAUCUUUGAUUUGGAUCAGUGGAGAAGGCAAAACAUCACUCAAGUGUAUCACAAGUGGCAGAAGCUGAAUCACGACAGAACGUUGUGGAAGUUGGGAACACUGCCGCCAGGUUUGAUUACGUUCUGGAAACAAACCUACCCAUUGGAGCGAUCAUGGCAUGUGCUGGGGCUGGGGUACAACCCAAGCGUGAACCAGAAGGAGAUAGAGAGGGCAGCAGUGAUACACUACAAUGGUAACAUGAAGCCAUGGCUGGAGAUAGGAUUGCCCAAGUACAGGGGGUAUUGGGCCAAGUAUGUGGACUACGAGCACCCGUAUUUGAGGGAGUGCAACAUCAACCCUUGAACACAGAUAGGCAAGGCGCUAAAAUGGUUUGGUCUGUAGGGAGGAGGAGGAGGAGUUGAGAGAGUGAGUAGCACCUAUUCUUUGUCUUGUACGCAGUUUGUGUGUAUUCCUUACCUUUUUCUUGUUCUUUGGAGGGUAUAUGUUUUAAUUUUUGGUUUCCCACUCCUUAUCAUUUUCUAAGUAGAUUGAGCACACAGCAGAGAGCAUGCAAUGUAAAAAGUGUGAUGAAAUUUUUUGGAGUAGGAUGGGGAAAGAGUAUUAGUAGAUUGGGUAUUUUGUAAAUUGGAAUAAGAUUUAUGGUUGGUUGGGAAGAAAGGAAAGGUUUCUUCCUUUCAAGAAUUACCUUGUCUAGGCCACGUUACAAGCUUUUUUAUGCUAAUAUGCGUUCCUAUAUACACUAUAUGAAUUUUACCUCGAGUUAGGUUGUUGUGAAGGUUUGUCAUUCGUAUUUUAUUCUUGUUUUGUGUUAUUUAUGAUAUUUCAAGUGUUAUACUCGUCAUAAAUUGAUUGGAUAUCAAUUU